AUGUCUACCUCUGUCAGCUCCGCCUCCGCUGCUAGCAGCAGCACCGCCUGCGCAGCCCAGCUGUACAACCAGCCCAACCAGGACAACACCUGCGCCAUGCCCUACUCCAAGGACCACAUCUCCAUGAUGGAAAAGUGCUGCGGCGACGCCCAGAUCGUCAGCUACUACGAUGACUGCGGCAUCUACUGCGUCGCCAUCGACCAGUCCACCGACGCCCUCAGCGAGUGUCUCUUCAAGGAGGGAGCUGGCAACACCGACGUCUUCUGCAGCGGCAGCAAGAAGGUGACCAAGACCGAGGACGCCAAGGUUCCUGCUACCGCCCAGGCCAGCGUCGUCUCCAGCAAGGACGAUGAUGAUAAGGAUGAUGAUGAUGAGAGCAGCUCUACUGGUACUUCUACUGCUACCGGCACUGCUUCUUCGGCCGAUUCUUCUUCCACCGAGACUGAUGCGCCUUCUUCUGCUGCCAAGAGCGGUAUCAGCACCAUGGGUGUCGCUGUCGGUGCUCUGCUUUUCUCUUCUUUCGCUUUCGGUUUCCAGCUUUAA